AUGGAGAUCCAAGGUUCUGCGUUUGCUGCAGCCGCUGUUGCCUCCACGGAGCGCGCGGCACCCUUCGCGCGGCGCUCGUACAUGCCGUCGUGGAUGGCGGACCCAACUUGGGUGCGUUCCAUUGAGCUGCCGCCCGAGUACAUGGCGGAGUUGGUAGCAGACGGCAGGAGUAGCGUGGCGACCACAAGGAGGUCGUCGUCUGCCGCUGCUGCUGCGCCAGCACUCGUCGCCACGUCACGGCGCACCAUGGCGUCGUGGGCCAGUGUCGACACGGGCGCGGGGGAAGGCAGCGAGGCGCCACAGCAGCACCUCAUGUCGCUGCUGUCCCACGCAAUCAAGUCGGUGACACAACGCACGCCGUGGGACCCGGAGGACUACGGGGUGGAGGCUCGCAAGGUGAUGCUCGCGGUGCUGCUGAAAAAGUUCCUUGACCAGUCUCUCGACCCCGGCGCCGUCGGCCUCUUCGCAAAGGAUGUUCUGCGACGCGCCUCCGACACGGACGUGGCGCGCGAGCUGCAGUACGUGUACGUCGCCUUUACGUACGACCGAACGUGGAAUGGGUCGGAUCCCUACAGGCGGCCAGAGAACUUCAUGCGCCGCCAGGACUACGAGGCUUUCCAACAGCACUGUCUCGACGAGGUGGAGCGGCGGCUGCAUAUGUUGAACAUUGAUGUGAAUGGCAAGGGCAGGAACAUUGCCCACGCAGUGUCGGUGUGGCAGAACAUUCACGGUGCACACCGGGGGGAGUGCUUUGGCGGGUCCAUCACACUCUCCCUAAUGAGUGUACGUCUCCGUGUGGUUAACGGCGGUAGCAGUGGUACCGCCAGCGACAGGAAAUGGAAACCCCCAAAACAAGUGAAGGCGGUGUGGAGCCUUAGGCUCGGUGGUCGUGCUGUGUGCUCGGCCGCUGUGACGCAGAAGUGUGUACUGAGGAAUGGCGAAUACGAGUGGCCAAACAACAGCCGUGUAACGUUGAUGGUCCCAAAAGGCGCAAGCGAUUAUUUUAAGGACUACACCGUCUCCCUCGAGCUAAUGGUCUCAAAAUCGACAUGUCUUUGUGCAGCCCCACGUGAAAAAACAAUAGCCUGUGCCAGUAUCACUGUUGACGAUGCACUUUACGCUAGCGUGGCACAUCCAGACUCCGCCCUACGAAGCUCAGACUCGCACCCGCAGAACGGCAAGAACAAAGAGCCGUUCGCACACACAGGCGAAGUGGCCACAGGCUAUCAUUUUUCCCUUGUGUUGUUGUCCACAGGAAGCACUGCUGAGAUGGGCGGAUACCCCUGCGCUGUUGAGUCCGCAAGGGUCUGGUGCAGUAUGCAUUGCCUCCAUGAAGCGCAUAACACGCGGCCCCCUGCAAUCGAUGUGGUAGAGCAAGUAGCAGCAGGAGGAGAAGCGGUUACCGACGCGGCGGCAGCGGCAACUAACUUGAGUGCGUGGAGUGAGGACCAUCAUGGCAAUUUCCUCCGCCUUGUCGAUAUACUGGGCGAUGUCGAUGACGUUGGCGUCAUGAUUAACAAGGCGUAUUGUCGUCGCUACUUGAUUCACGGUGAGCUUGAGACCGUUGCACUGCUCUCAGCGGUGUGCACGCACAGCAACUUGGCCGAUCGCGCCUCCCGCGAGCUUUGCGCCCAUGCGGUGGCAUCGAUGAGAGACCUCGCCGGUUCCUUGACAACUCGCGUGGGGGAGCAGCUAGUAGCGGAUGCCCUCGCGACAACACGCGCCCACGCCCUCGACGUCGCUCUCUCGCUGGAGGACGUGGCCGCCCAGACGCGCGAGGCAGCGGCUGCGGCGUUGGCGGGCGUGAAGGCUCUUCUCCGCGCCGUCGAAGAGGGUGUCGACGUCGACGUGGCCAUUGAGCAAGCGGCGAAGCGGGACGCAAUGCCACUCGAGGAGGCGUUGCAGCGCCUCGACGGUCGUGUGCUUCGUGAGCACCGUCGUGAGGUGGUGCGCGCCACCGCAACGGACCUCACGCUGCCGGAUCUCGAGCAGCACGAGGACUGCGCGCGGCUGACCGGCAAGACGCGCUACCUGCUCGAGCUGGUCACGCGCGUAAUGGAGCGAUGCACGCGUGCGUAUACCUUCGCCAAUGCGUCAGAGUCGGCGCCAGUGCAGGCGGUGGCGCUCUGCCGCAUUGCGAGCAUUGCGCACGUGAUGUGCGCCCCGCUCCGCAACGUGGUGACGCGUAUCUUGGCGUGUCUCGUGCGGGCACCUGAGCCGGACCCGCUCGGAGACACGCUCGGUCUUCUUGUGUCGACAUAUGGCGCGGUGAUGCGGCUUGUAGACGUCCUCGAUGAGGACCCUGCUGCUGCUGCUCUUUGUGUGGAAUGGGCGAGUUGUUUUGCCGACUUUCUCUCGUGCUGGUUCCCCCUCUGUGAGGGGCACAUCGCCACGUGGAUGGCAAGCAUCGUGUCUAACGAAGCACUGGAGCCAAUUCUGUGCGGUACCGUACACUUCAAUCAGUCACCAGCUCUCUUGUUAGACCUCCUACAAUCGCUACUCGCCGUGUUUAUACGUUUGCUUGUGUGGUGCGACCCACAUCAGCACAUCAUGUACGCUGUUCAUUUUUUCAACCUCGUGCAGAACAUGGGUGAAGCGUUCGUGGACGCCAUUGUCGCACAAGGCCGUGCGGCGUCACGACUGGAGGAGUGGCUUGUAUGCUUGAGCAAUCUGCGUCGCUACCAGUAUGUGGUGCGGAACUUUGGCGACACCGUUGUGAAAACGCGCCUCAUCGAUGCCCUAGGUGAUCCCGAGUGUGUAAUGGAGCACCAGCGGAAAGUUGUUGCCGAGCAAACACGCGCAUCAACGCUGGAGACGGAGGAGGAGCUUGUGCGUCACGUACAGCAAGCGCUGGAACAAUCCAUGCUGAGUUUUUUGUCAGGUCUCUCAGACAUCUCGAGGAAGAAACAAGACACCUCACCCGCUGAGAUGAGGCAUACAGCUGAUCGGCUCGCCGAAUACGUUAGGCAGCAGCUGAUGCUAGCUAACAGCAACCUGGAGGAUGGGUUAUUCGCUGCAUUCCUGGGGGAAAUAGCGGUGCGGGCGUACUACGGAGCCUUUUCUCGUUUUCUCUUGCGUGGUGGGGCUGAAACACUGUCGCAGAGUCGCGUAGCUUUGCUGCUGAAUCUCUUGCAGUCCCUCGACGCGGAGCUCGAGUCGGUGGGAGGUGAUAUAGUGCAAACUGAGAUGUUCACCUCACGGCAACGCAACGGGUGUUUGCUGAUUGUUCUCAUGGGGCAAUCGAGCCCCUCUCUUGUGCAGAUGGCCAACACAGCGGAGCUCGACGGCGCAGAGCGUAAGCAGGUGGGUUUGGUGCUGCGCUCUCGCACAGACAGUGUCGCCAAGCAGUACGUCAGGGCGACGCACGACUAG